AUGUCCUCGGAGCUCGACCUCUCUGAUCUCAAGCUCAAAGACGAUCUCAAACUGAAAGAGGUGGAGCUGUUCGGAGGAGCCAUGACCAUGUUGAUGCCUGCUGUGUUUGUUGACAUCAGCAACUUCCGACAAAUCCCUGACACGCAGGAAUGCUGGGCUGAUACCGAGGACACUGACCAGAGCGUCAUCGUUGAGAUCCUUGCGCACGAAGAUCAGGUUCAGGGAGCAGCCAUAGCUGAGUACUACUGGGACGACAUCGCACAAUGCAACGAAGCAUCAGGAGAGUCGGAAAACGUCAUCACAGUCGCCCCGAAGGAGCUCACUCACUCUUUGAUCAAGACGAUCCCAACAUCAGAUUCGAAGGUGGCAGAGCCAUCCUGCUGGGUGGCUCACGGGCAUCAGAGAGUGUCCAAGUUCAAAGAGCAUAUCCCUUCCCUCGACUCUGACGUCGUGCUGCAUCUGAAUCGGCCGAUAGAAAUCAUGCCUAAUAGCAGGAAAGUGCAACGUUCUGCUGAGUUUGUAUCCCUUGAGCAAUCUGGCGAUUCGACCAAGGAUGGAAUCGAUCUGUUCUUGGCGAUGUUGCACUCCCUGCGAGUGAAAGACUGGGGGCUGUUCGCUUCUCCUUGA